AUGAACAAGCCGAUGAAUGGUACAGACGGUAUUGCUGAGACGGCAAGUCCGCAAGGCACAGAUGGUGAGUCGGACGAAGAGGAACGGAGCGGGGAUGAACAGGGUGAGAGCGAAGGGCAUGGACGGGACGAAGAGCGGGAGGGGCAAGAAGACGAGGAUGACGACGAAGACGAGGAUGAGGAGGAAGAUGAAGACGAGGAACCUGCUCUGAAGUACGAACGACUUGGAGGAGUUGUCCCGGACCUUCUGCAGAAGGAUUCCGCGUCUGCUCUGACGAUAUCCAACAAGUUGCUGACCCUGGGCACACACAGCGGCAUAGUGCAUAUAUUGGAUAUGUCUGGAAAGAGGAUCAAGUCCUACAAACCUCAUCUCGCAUCGGUCAUAGACAUAGGGAUGGAUACCACAGCGGACUUUGUGGCUACGGCAUCUAUGGAUGGACAGGUUGUCAUACAUUCGCUCUCUACGCCGGAACAAUACCUGUUCGACAUGAAGCGGCCGAUGCGGACGGUCAGCAUGGAGCCAAACUUUGCUAAGAAGAGCACGCGGGCUUUCGUUUGUGGUGGUAUGGCCGGCUCUCUCGUACUGCACGAGAAAGGUUGGUUAGGACACAAGGAGACCGUGUUACACAGCGGGGAAGGGCCUAUUUGGAAUGUACGGUGGAGGGACCGGCUGAUAGCCUGGGCCAAUGACCUAGGCGUCAAGAUCUACGACACUGUUUCGCAGUCACGGAUUACCUUCAUCGACCGGCCACCAGAUAGUCCCCGUGCUGAUCUAUUUAAGUGCACCCUGCAUUGGCAGGACAAUUCCACUCUCUUGAUAGCAUGGGCAGACCACAUCAAAGUCGCUCGUAUCCGUGCCCGUCCUCGGAGCCCCACCUCCCCCGCCAAUCUCCCCCCGCUUCUCGUUGAAAUCACCGCUGUCUUCAAACUGGACUGCAUGAUCGCAGGUAUCGUACCCCAUCCACUAGCUUCCCCCACUUGCGCUGUACACCCCUCUGUAUCCGCUCAUUCCCGCGCCCCCUCUGCCUCUGGACGGAGUACGCCCAGUGGUCAUGCUCAGAAUUCUGCGCCUACUACUGUGCCUGCCCUCACUACCUUCCUGGUCCUCGCGUACACGCCUCCGGACAUGUCUUUCUUGGAGGAAGCGACAGACGACCGUACUCGGCAGGCUCGCAAAGCCGCGGAACGCCCUGAAUUGCGCAUCAUCUCCCGGGCCGGCGAGGAGCUCUCAGCGGAUCUACUUAGUAUACAAGGAUUCGAGAAGUGGGCCUGCAACGAUUAUGUACUUACCGCAGUCGAUAGUGAGGGGCUAGAUACUGUGCGAGAUCGGGCCUACGUUGUGCUGAGCCCGAAGGAUCUGGUCAUUGUCAGGUCGAGAGAUAGACGGGAUCAUAUUGCGUGGUUAGUUGAGAGAGAGCGGUAUGAGGAAGCACUUGAGGAGGUGGAGCACUUGGGGGUGGACGAGGCCGGACAAGGGGAGGGCGCCGUUGAUGCCGUGGAGAUUGGACAAAGGUACAUCGAGCAUCUCGUGGUUGAAGGCGACUUCGUCAAGGCUGCAAAGUUAUGUCCAAAGGUUUGCGGCCAAGACGCGAAGCGUUGGGAAGACUGGAUCUUUGUUUUCGCACAGAAAAGACAGAUGCAGACUAUCAUUCCAUAUGUGCCCACAGAGUCGCCGAAACUAAGCCAUUUGGUGUACGAGAUGGUACUCGCUUAUUUCCUCACUCACGAUAGAAAUGCUUUGCUGCAAACGAUCAAAGACUGGCCAAGGGGUAUAUAUGACAUCUCCGCUGUCAUUGUCGCUGUCCAAUCGGAGCUCGAUAAGGCACCAUCUACAUCGACCGCCGCUCGCACAGCUCCUGAGGCAGCCAUACUCAUGGAGUGCCUAGCAGAGUUGUAUACAGCGAACAGACAACCUGGCAAAGCCCUGCCGUAUCUCCUGCGCCUGCGCCGCCCGAACGUGUUUGACCUCAUCAGGGAAAAUAACUUGUUUACGGCUGUGCAGGACCAGGUACUGUUGCUGGUCGAGUUUGACCAGGAAGUGAUCGAGAAACGAAGGAAAGAUGGCUACGAGGUUGAUGACUCCGAGAGUACUGCCAUACAGCUGCUUGUCGACCAUACGCACUCCAUACCGAUAGGCAGAGUUGUACAGCAGUUGCAGAGCCGCCCUUAUUACCUCUUCCUCUACUUGGACGCACUGUUCAAGAAGGACCCAUUCCUAGCGUCCGAUUUCGCAGACGCUCAGGUGCCUUUGUACGCGGAGUACGCACCCGGGCGACUCAUCGACUUCCUGCGUGCCAGCAAUUAUUACAGUUUGGAGAAGGCAUACAACGUUUGCAAAGAACGUGAUCUUGUCCCAGAGAUGGUUUUCCUCCUGGGCCGGAUGGGCAAUAAUAAGCAAGCUCUCAACUUAAUCAUCGAGAGACUUGGCGACGUCAGCCGGGCUAUUGAUUUUGCGAAAGAGCAGAACGACGACGACCUAUGGGAGGAUCUCUUGAAGUACUCUGAGACACGACCCACUUUCAUACGUGGUCUCUUAGAGAACGUCGGGGCAGAGAUAGAUCCCAUCCGUCUUAUACGGCGAAUCAAGAAUGGCUUGGAGAUCCCCGGUUUGAAGGAAGCCCUGAUCAAGAUCCUCCAGGACUUCAACCUUCAAAUCUCUCUGCUGGACGGAUGUCAGAGGAUCUUAGAGGGAGAUUGUGCAGAUUUCGCUCGCCGAUUACAGAGGGAUCAGAACAGUGGAUUCUUCUUGUCCGCUAAGACUCUCUGUCCGAUAUGUUCGAAACCUUUGCAGAGGUUUCCGCAAUCAUUGGUAUUGCUAUUCCUUUGCCGACACAUCGUCCACGCCACGUGCGCUAGCGGUGGUGAUGCCCUUCCUCAGCAGCCGGAUCAUGGUCUUGCCGGUCUGGCUUUGGGCGGCGGACGAAGUCUUAGUGGCAAAAUAGCAUUUACGGCUAUUGUUCGAGCGAAGGUGGACCAGGGAUGUCCGGUUUGUCACAAGAAGGAUGAAGGCGAACGGACAUGA